AUGUCUGAUAGUUUGUCAUACUGGAAGAAUGUAUUACACAGAAUAGUAGAAACAUUAAAGUUUCUAACUUCCAGAGGUUUGGCAAUAAGAGGCUCAAAAGAAACACUUGGAUCUGUGAAUAAUGGUAAUUAUCUCGGAUGCUUAGAACUAAUAGCUAAAUUUGAUACGUUUAUAAGUCAGCAUUUAAUAAAAUAUGAAAACAAAGGUCAUGGUAAUGUCUCUUAUAUAUCAUCAAAAAUUUGUACAGAAUUUAUUUUGAUUAUGGAAGAAACUGUUAUUAAAGAAAUAGUUAAACAAAUUCAAUCAAGGAAAUAUUUCUCCAUUAUUGUUGACUCAACUCCAGACAUAACCAAAAUUGAUCAACUAACCAUAGCAAUAAGGUAUGUUUUGUUUAUGUUUGACAGAUUUCCCGAUGAAAGAUUUAUGGUUUUCUUCAAUCAGUUGGCCAUAUGGAAAGAAUAUGGAAAAAGCAAUAAUUAA